AUGGCUAUUUCAUCUCUCAUUUCAGCAUCAUUUCUCCUCCCAACAAAACCUCUAACACUUCAACCUCAUAAAGAGAAAGUCUCCCUGUUCAACAAUAGUAGUCAAAUUGCCCGAACGUCCAAGAAGCCAGUCUUUAGAGUUCAAGCUGCAAAACUUCCUCCUGGAGUGGAAUUGCCAAAAGUGGAGCCAAAAGUCCAAGCCCCAUUUCUUGGAUUUACUAGGACGGCUGAAAUAUGGAAUUCUAGAGCUUGUAUGAUUGGCCUCGUUGGAAUUUUCAUUGUAGAAUUGAUUAUAAACAAAGGAAUCCUACAAGUGAUUGGGGUGGAUGUUGGGAAAGGUCUUGAUCUUCCUCUCUGA